CCAUGCAUGUGUAGGCUUAUUCAAUAGAUGUCAUGAUUAUUAUUUUGCCAAUAUAGCAUCAACCACCAAGCGGGGUCCAGAAUAGACUAUCAGAGGAACUUCAGGACUGUGAUUUUGAAAGAGAUUUCAUCCGAAUAGUCCUGAAGUCCAGCAGGCUAGUGUUCCCCGCGUGAUGGGCGCUGUGGUACCCGGCUGCGUUGCAUCAGCAGCAUCCCUCAGCUGGUACUCUCAAGGUCGCUGGCGCUAUGCAUCAUGGGAGGGUUAUCGGGUCCGCUCGUCGCACACCGGGAAGUGAACGGCCGCCCGAGCCUCACACUUUAUUCGUGAAUUAACUGGAUCACGAGAACAGGGUGCAUAGGCUUGGGCUGUGACGGAGCAGCUGUCACGAGAUGUGAUGUAAAAGCGGGUCACGGACAGACGCACGAAAAAAGAGAAAGCAGCGCAGCAUCUCUGUUUGUAAUGGUAGGCGGGGGCGAGCCGGGAAACGUGCAGAUAGUCUUGCCACCACUGUGUGUGUGACUAAUACCAACGAGAUUGCAGACAGCAUUGGUGCCAGUGGGUCAGUGGAAAGCGCGGUCACGACCAAAUUUACGCUUUACGGGUGGUGCUGAUCACAGUAAUUCUCUUCCAUCGUGUAUUUCAUCCAGUGCUGUCUCUACUGGGAGCCCACGCAUCUUAGAAACAGCUUUUGCUCUCACUCAAGAUGGAGGGAGAACCGAAACCCAAACAGGUGACGUGCUAUCUCCUGUUCUCCCUGAUCACAGCCGUAAUCGGAUCCCUACAGUUUGGCUACAACACGGGUGUCAUCAAUGCUCCAGAACAGAAACUGCGAGCCUUCUUCAACAGCACCUGGGUGGAGCGCUAUGGGAAGCCCAUCGAGCCAGGCACCUGCACCAUCGUGUGGAGUCUGGCGGUGGCCAUCUUCAGCGUGGGUGGCAUGGCCGGGUCCUUCAGUGUGGGAGUCAUAUCCAACAAAUUCGGCAGGCGGAAGGCCAUGUUCCUUGUGAACAUCCUGGCCCUGAUUGGCGGUGCUCUGAUGGGGUUCUCUACCCUCUGCUCCUCCUUCGAGAUGGUCAUCGCUGGCCGCCUGGUCAUCGGCCUCUUCUGCGGCAUCUUCACGGGCCUCACCCCCAUGUACGUGGGCGAGGUGUCCCCGACACCUCUCCGCGGGGCGUUCGGGACGCUCCACCAGCUGGGGGUGGUGGUGGGAAUCCUCAUUGCCCAGAUCUUUGGUCUGGAGUCUCUGCUGGGCUCUGAGCUGCUGUGGCCGGUGCUGCUGUCUCUGACGGUGUUGCCCGCGGUGCUGCAGUGCAUCCUGCUGCCCUUCUGUCCCGAGAGCCCCCGAUACCUCCUCAUCAACCUCAAUCAGGAGGAAAAGGCACGCAAAGCUCUGGUGCGUCUACGUGGCACGGAGGACGUCAGCAAGGACAUGCAGGAGAUGAAGGAGGAGAGCGUGAAGAUGGCCAUGGAGAAGAAGGUGACCAUCGCCGAGCUCUUCCGCACGGCCGCCUACCGCCAACCACUCCUCAUCGCCAUCAUGCUCCAGCUCUCCCAGCAGCUCUCAGGCAUCAAUGCGGUGUUCUACUAUUCCACCGGCAUCUUUGAGUCUGCUGGGGUGAAGGAGCCCAUUAUAGCCACUAUCGGAGCUGGUGCUGUCAACACCGUCUUUACCGUGGUGUCUCUCUUUUUGGUAGAGAGGGCGGGACGCAGGACUCUCCACCUCGUCGGAUUGGCUGGCAUGGCUAUCAGUUCCCUUCUGAUGGCCAUAGCCCUCUUUUUGAAACACAUCGAAUCCCUGAGCUAUCUGAGCAUCGUGGCCGUGUUUGCGUUUGUGGCGUUUUUCGAGCUGGGGCCCGGUCCAAUCCCGUGGUUCAUCGUGGCCGAGCUCUUCUCCCAGGGACCCCGCCCAGCUGCCAUGGCCGUGGCCGGCUUCUCCAAUUGGACCGCCAACUUCCUGGUGGGAGUCAGCUUUCCCAAACUGGAGGAGUUGUGUGGCCCCUACGUCUUCAUUAUAUUCAUGGCCUUCCUCAUCCUCUUCUUCAUCUUCACAUACUUCCGUGUGCCGGAGACGAAGGGCCGCACAUUUGACGAGAUCGCACAAAGCUUCGGCGGGGCCCUGGCUCCAGUCGACCCGUCUGGCGAGGCCCCACCGCCGGGAGAUUCCACGGCGCUGUCUGACUCGCCCGUGAAGGAGAAGGUGCCCCUGAUAGCUGCCAACGCCACUGCCAACGACGUGGGCUCACCGGGGGAGGACAAGACAUCCUCCACCACGCCUCUGUUGGCCGCGUCCAGCUCAGACUCCAAGCCCACUGAGGCCCCGGCAUUAAGUGCGAAACCAGCACCUGCCCCAGCCCCAGCACCUGCCCCUGCCAAGCUCGCAGAGACGACUUCAACCCCCGCCAGCAAGCCUACGGCGAAAUCACCGGUGGAGACAGUGACGCAUGUCGCCACAGCUCCAGCUGCCAAGCCGGCCGCAGAGGCCAAGGGUCCAGCAGAGGUCCAGAAGCCGACUCCACAACCAACAGCCGAGAGUAAAAGUCCUGCCCCUAAACCAGCAGAGACCAAGAGCGCUGCUCCGCAACCAACUGCAGAAAUGAAAAGUCAAAGUCCUACAUCCAAACCCGCAGAGACCAAGAGUGCUGCUCCACAACCAACUGCAGAAAUGAAAAGUCAAAGUCCUACAUCCAAACCCGCAGAGACCAAGAGUGCUGCUCCACAACCAACUGCAGAAAUGAAAAGUCAAAGUCCUGCAUCCAAACCCGCCGAGACAAAAAGUCCUGCUAAACCAGUAGAGGAGCCAAAAGCUGCCACUCCAAAAGCCCCAGAAAAGGAGACCAAAACUCCAGCAGCGCUAUCUGCUCCAGCUGAGACGAAGAGUGCUACUCCUUCUAAACCAGAUGCAGAAGUCAAGAGUCCAGCCGCACCUCCUGUAAAAGAAGCUAAGAGUCCAGCCGCACCUCCUGUAAAAGAAGCUAAGAGUCCAGCCGCACCUCCUGUAAAAGAAGCUAAGAGUCCAGCCGCACCUCCUGUAACAGAAGCUAAGAGUCCAGCCGCACCUCCUGUAACAGAAGCUAAGAGUCCAGCCGCACCUCCUGUAAAAGAAGCUAAGAGUCCAGCCGCUCCUCCUGUAACAGAAGAAAAGAGUCCAGCCGCACCUCCUGUAACAGAAGCUAAGAGUCCAGCCGCACCUCCUGUAACAGAAGCUAAGAGUCCAGCCGCACCUCCUGUAAAAGAAGCUAAGAGUCCAGCUGCACCUCCUGUAACAGAAGCUAAGAGUCCAGCUCCUGCACCAGCUCCUGUAACAGAAGCUAAGAGUCCAGCCGCACCUCCUGUAACAGCUGCACCUCCUGUAACAGAAGCUAAGAGUCCAGCUCCUGCACCAGCUCCUGACACAAAGAGUCCUCCAGCUCCUCCUGCACCAGCCGAGGCCAAAUCGCCCUCAGCAAAGCCAGCUGAAGAUGGAGCCCCAACGGCAGGGAAGUCCAGCAGUUCAGCAGAAAAAGAGAAGGUUUAGGAGAAGAAACAAACAGGGGUACAGGGGUGUGAGAUGAACUCAAGUAGGAUUGCUGGUCCUGGUGUGUCAUCCUUUAUGUUUUGUAAAAGAGGAGCUUUUUGGACUCACAGUGCGGUCGGUGUGGGUCCAAGCAGCCGGACGUAAGGUGCAAUAUUGUAGUUAUCCUACAUUUUUCAACAACUUAUUUUUAAUAUGUCACUGUAGAUGUGAAUUCUGGGU